AUGGUGUCCCUCGUGUGGUACUACCGGCCGGAGCACACGCACGGCGGCCGGCAGCCGGACGACGCGCUGGACGAGGUGUUCGCGUCCCGGCACCGCGACGCCAACUCCGUCGCGUGCAUCGAGGACAAGUGCUACGUGCUCACCUUCAACGAGUACUGCCGAUACAGGAAGCGGCUAAAAGCCCUCGAGGAGGGCGUGACGGUGGCGCCAUCUAUCGUGCCGCCCAUGCCGGCGGCGGACAUCACGCCGGCCGUGGCCACAAACGACUCCAAGCUGCCGCCAACCGUCUCCCCCGAGCUCGUGCUGUUCUGCCGCAAGAUCUACGACUUCCGUUCCAAGAAGAUACAGGUCCCCAACAAGUAACCGACCCGACGUGAAAACACCAAAGUUAAUUUAGGACUCCCGAGUAGACCCUAAUACUAGUACAAAACGUUCCCGGUGCAAAUAGUAUCGCCAUUUUUGUAUGAUUAUUCGAUAUACGCCGUUCCCCUGUGUUGCUACGUGACGUGAUUUGGCGUAUCGCUACUUAUGUUGAUUUCGUUUCGUUGAAGUAUCAAGUGAUGCCUUUUAUAAUGUGUAAGUAGGUUGUAAGUGACGGACGGUUUAAUUGUGUAGUGAUAGCGACGUAUUUUCUUUAAUUUGCUUAGAGUGCGCUGCGUCCUAUUUAUGUAUAAUUUCUGUAGGAACUUGAGUGUAAAAUUUAAUCUAUUUUCUCGUAGAUGAUUGGAUUACGGCUAACGAUAAGUUUCGAUUAGGCUGGAUGUAAAAGGCAUUUAUAAUUACUUUUAAUUACCUUAUUGUUACAUUGUUGUCAAUGUGGAGUCUUUAUUAAAUUAUUACUUUUAGUUAAGCAUAUUAUUUUUAAUCAGUGCAAGGCCUGGUCCGCCAUCGGCCGAGGAUCUCCCAGUUUUCUGUUUACGUUCCUUCACGUUCAAAUCAUUACCAUAUGUACCAUUUUUGAUGAAGCUAUCUAAUGAAAAAAAUAUUGUGUGAUAGAGUUUGAAUCAUUGUAUGUUAU